UACCUACUUCUUCCUAUAUACCUUCCGAGUUUGUGAGGUCCGCUGAACCUUUGUUGAGCCCGACCUGAUCCUGUCUCGGUGUUUCCCCGGAGGAUCACCCAGUACCCAUCACGCCAUGUCUCUCCCUAAGGACUUCAUCUGGGGCUUCGCCACCGCCUCAUACCAGAUCGAAGGUGGCGCCAAGUCGGACGGCCGUGGCCCAUCCAUCUGGGACUCCUUCUGUGCUAUUCCCGGCAAGAUCGCCGACGGCAGCUCCGGCGACGUUGCUUGCGAUUCCUACAACAGGACCAAGGAGGACAUCGACCUCCUGAAGUCGAUCGGCGCCAAGGCCUACCGUUUCUCACUCUCCUGGUCGAGGAUCAUCCCCCUCGGCGGCCGCAACGACCCCAUCAACCAGAAGGGUCUCGACCACUACGUCAAGUUUGUCGACGACCUCCUCGAGGCCGGCAUCACCCCCUUCAUUACCCUGUACCACUGGGACCUUCCAGAUGAGCUGGACAAGCGCUACGGGGGCCUCCUGAACAGGGUUGAGUUCCCGCUCGACUUUGAGAACUACGCCCGCGUCGUUUACAAGGCCAUUCCCAAGUGCAAGAACUGGAUCACCUUUAACGAGCCGUGGUGCUCGUCUAUCCUGGGCUACAGCACCGGGUACUUCGCGCCCGGCCACACCUCGGACCGCUCCAAGUCGGCCGUCGGCGACAGCUCGCGCGAGCCCUGGACUGCCGGCCACAACCUCCUCGUCGCUCACGGGAGGGCUGUCAAGGUCUACCGGGAGGAGUUCAAGCCCACGCAGGGCGGCGAGAUCGGCAUCACCCUCAACGGCGACGCCACCUACCCGUGGGAUCCCGAGGACCCGGCCGACGUCGAGGCGUGCGAUCGCAAGAUCGAGUUCGCCAUCAGCUGGUUCGCCGACCCCAUCUACUUCGGCGAGUACCCGGCGUCGAUGCGCAAGCAGCUCGGCGACCGGCUGCCGACCUUCACACCAGAGGAGGUGGCCCUCGUCAAGGGCUCCAACGACUUUUACGGCAUGAACCACUACACUGCAAACUACAUCAAGCACAAGACCGGCACGCCGCCCGACGACGACUUCCUCGGCAACCUGGAGACCCUCUUCUACUCCAAGAGCGGCGAGUGCAUCGGCGAGGAGACCGAGUCCUUCUGGCUGCGCCCCAACGCCCAGGGCUUCCGCGACCUGCUCAACUGGCUGAGCAAGCGGUACGGCUACCCCAAGAUCUACGUGACGGAGAACGGCACGUCGAUCAAGGGCGAGAGCGACCUCCCGCUCGAGAAGAUCGUCGAGGACGACUUCCGGGUCAAGUACUUUGACGACUACGUCAAGGCCAUGGCCAAGGCCAGCUCCGAGGACGGCGUCAACGUCCAGGGCUACUUUGCUUGGUCCCUGAUGGACAACUUCGAGUGGGCCGAGGGCUACCAGACGAGGUUCGGUGUCACCUACGUCGACUACGAGGACCAGCAGAAGAGGCACCCGAAGAAGAGCGCAAAGAGCCUGAAGCCGCUCUUCGACAGCGUCAUCAAGACUGAAUAGAGGACGGACGGAUGGGGCUGGUCUAGAUUGGAUAGCCUAGAUGAGAGUUUUUAUUGAGGUGAAAUAGAGCGCUCAUCAUUCCUUGCACGUAAAUAAUAUGCUCUCCCUAAGGGACCCUAUGUGUUUACUGUGAAUGAGAUGCCAGAGCAGAAGGGAUGGCGCAAGAAAUCGCCCAUCCUUUUUGGGCAUAUCCUUUCGCAAC